UGUGUCAUCGUUGUUGUUGUUGUUGUUGUUGUUGUUAAUAUUCAUAAUAAAUAUAGCUGCUGCGUGGAUCCCUCAGCCCUUGCAGUGUCUGAGCUGAGAGAGAUGACGAGUUACGAAUGAUCACGGUGACUCAUGGCAGCGGUUCAAAGGUACACAGAUAGCAGCCUGACACAGGAACUUACUGCUGUUCCAAUAAACCUUCUAAUAUGCACAACACACACAUUUCUCGUUCCCACAGAUCUCAUUGUGGACAACAAUAGGAAACACAGCUCUGAUAGCAAGUAGAAUGACUUCAUAUUUACAUCUGUACUGCUUCUGACACACACUUUGAGCGAACUGCUCACUGGUUAUUGCACGUGGGGAUUUUUUGAGCAGAAUUGCUGGAGGUCCUCGCUGCACAUGCUGAUGUAACAGUUCCUUACAAAGUGUGUUGACCGUGAGCAGCGACCGCGGUCGGCCUUGGUGACCGCUGUCAUAAUGAAACGUAAUAUAUAAUAAAAUGUAUAUGGGGCGCUUAGCACACAGUAAAGGCGAAACUGUGUGUCCCUGUAACCCCCCCCCCAACUCCCCACAGGGUGCGAUGGCCCGGGCGCUGUACGACAACGUGCCCGAGUCCCCAGAGGAGCUGGCCUUCCGCAAGGGGGACAUCCUCACGGUCAUUGAGCAGAACACAGGUGGCCUUGAAGGCUGGUGGCUCUGCUCGCUGCACGGGAGGCAGGGCAUCGCCCCUGGAAACCGCCUCAAGCUGCUUGUCGGACCAGGGUGCGAGGCCCCAUCCCCGCACCCCGCUAAUCACCUCCAGGGUCCGGGGAAGCAGGAUGGGCUGUACCAGGUGCCUCUGGGGAAGGAGGUUUACCAGGUGCCGCAGCCAACCGGACGGGCCACUGGGGCCACUGAUGCCACUCCAGACAAGGUGCUGACCCCAGUGCGUGUGGGCCAGUCUUACGCCUUUGACCAGUCCCCGGGUGUCCAGCAGGACCUUUACGAUGUGCCACCGGUCCGGACGCAGGAGGUGUAUGACAUUCCCCCGAGCCAGCAGGUGGGGUCUGUGCUCCCAAGGCAGCUCGGCACACUGCGCUCACAAGGGGUGUAUGACAUCCCGCCUGCUGUGCGUGGGGUUUACUCCGUCCCGCCAAGCCACAGCAGCCCCGCUCCGCCUGAGAGGUGCUAUGAUUUCCCGCAGCCCUUCCAACCACAGCCAGGCGGCAUCUACGACGUUCCCUCCACCGUGCUCGCCCACGUGCACCCUGACGUCAGCCUGAAGAAAGGCUCCUCUGGCAGCAGCAGCAGCAGCGGGAGUUGUGUAUACGACGUGCCCCCCACACAGCAGUCUGCUGGUGGCCACAGGGACGUGUACGACAUGCCGCGCGGGGCACGUUUCUCUCAACCACGGGGCCCCCAGCCGCUGGGUGACGUGUUGGACGGCGUACGCCACUUGUCUCUCGCUGGGGAGGUGGAGCCUGCGCGGGAGCAGGCCUUUGACCCUGUCGUGCAGCAGGUAGCCGGGCCGCUGCAGUCCGCGAACGCCGCUGUGCAAGUGCUGCUGGGCCUGGCAGCGUCGCCCUGCUGGAGGACAGGGCCGUUCAUGGAGCAGCACGAUGCCGAGCUGAGGGGCGCCGCAGACUCGCUGUGCGCGGCGCUGGCCGAUCUCCUGCUCCUGGGCCGAGGGGCGCUGGGAGGUGCUGCUGCUCUGUUGGAGCCCAGCCUACGGGACAGACUGCGGCAGCAGCUGCAGAGACUGGACGACUCCCUACGGAUCACGCAGCAGAGCAGCCGCACCUUGGACUCGGCCAGCUGGGCUCCGCCUGUGCCGCCGGGCAGCCGCGACGACCUGGACCGCCUGCUCGUGGUGUGUCGCGGCGUGUCGGAUGACAUCAGGCAGCUCGCCGCCACCUUCGCCGCCGGAGGGGACCUGCUCUUCGGGAGCGUCGUGCUUCCGGAAGCCAAGCAGGAGUGGGGGCCAACACGGCCGUUUCCCCUGCCCUGGGACACGCAGCAGGAGACGCUGAGUGGUGCAAGCCCAGAGCGCUGUGUCAAGAGCUGGAUGGAAGACUACGACUACGUGCAUCUGCAGGGCAAAGAGGAGUUUGAACGGCAGCAGCAGGAGUUGCUGGAGAAGGAGAACAUUUUGAAGCAGAACAAGAUCCAGCUGGAAGAGGAGCAGCUCAAGCAGUACAAGCAGCUGGAACAGGAGGUGAUCCGGCCCGUGGAGAACGAUGCCCCCGAGUGGAUUUCCCAGCAGCCUGCCUCCACGGGAGGCGGGGCUGCACUGUGCGGGCGGGACCAGCAGUUGCUGCGCUUCUACUCGGAGCAGUGCAGCGCGCACUUUGCCACGUUUCUGAACGCCGUGGACGCCUUCUUUGCCUGCGUUGGCGCUGGACAGCCGCCCCGCGUGUUCGUGGCGCACAGCAAGCUGGUCAUCCUCAGCGCCCACAAGCUGGUCUUCAUCGGCGACACGCUCUCGCGGCAGGUGGCCGCCCCCCAGGUGGCCCACCGUGUCAUGGACGGCAGCAACGCGCUGUGCCAGAUCCUCAAGACAGUGGUGGGGGCCACCAAGAUGGCUGCGCUGCGCUACCCCAACACGGCUGCGCUGCAGGAGAUGGUGGACCGCGUGACACUGCUGUCCCACCAGGCAGCGCAGUUCAAAGCACAGCUGCAGCAGGCGUCCGGACCGUGAACGCGGUGCCCCACGUGUCGGUGUCAGCGUCAGCCUAUUGUGUGUAUGUCAUGGAGGAGAAAGUGACAAGUGUUGUGGAUUUUGAUAAAUCUCCCCACGAUAAAAUGCCUGCCUGUGUAUGUUUCUCUGCUAUUUAGUUGUUUGGGGUGAACAGGAGUUAGUUGAAUCCUGCACCUUCUGCAGGCCCGCCUUCAAAGCGCAGAUGAAGGAAUAAAGUUUCUACUAAGUGUUUUGAGAAGGGUCCGGCGCAAGAAAAACCUUUGCUGAGAGUGACGCUUAUCCUCAGCAGUUUCUCUCAAACUUAAUCCAAAAGUUUGCCCUGCACUUUGAAUGUAUUCACAUAUGUUUGUGACCCUUAGCUUUAUCUGUAUAUGCAAAGUUUUCAAAUGUGUUGUAUAAAAUAUGC